GAGUGAGAGCGCGUUCGAGUGGCAUCCUCUGCGCGCAGCACAUCGGUGAGCGAGCGAGAGCGAGGGCAGGCAGACGCCAGCCAGCCAGCCAGCCAGCCGACGGCGGGACGCUAUUUUUACCGGCCGACUUGAGGAUAUAUUUUUGAUUUGGAAGUCGAACAGCCGGCGCGCCUAGAGGCAGUGGCCGCAGUCAGCGCGAGAAGCCCCGCCUGCCGACAUCGCCCCGGACUCCAGCCGACUCAGGUGACUCGGGAGACACACCGGCACUGACCUGACCUGACACGAGCUGGCGAGGUCGGGCUAGGUCGACAGGUGCACGCGACAGUGGACGCCAGCGCGGACAGAUCCAGCCACCAUGCCGUUCGUUCCCAAGAUGGGCGAUCAGGCCAAGUGCCCGGUAUGUGACCGGGCCGUGUACGCUGCCGAGGAGCGCGUCUCCGGCGGACACAAGUACCACAAGACCUGCUUCAAGUGCAGUAUGUGUAACAAGGGUCUGGACUCGACCAACUGCGCCAAUCACCAGACGGAGCUGUACUGCAAGCUGUGCCACGGCCGCCGCUACGGACCCAAGGGCUACGGGUUCGGCGGCGGAGCUGGCGCGCUCAGCAUGGACAGCGGCGAGCAGUUCGGCAACAAACAGUCCGCAUCGAACAACUACCACUACCCUCAGCUGCAGAAGAUCGCCCAGGCGCCGCCGGGCGAGGGCUGCCCGCGCUGCGGCGGCCGCGUCUACCAGGCAGAGGAGAUGCUGGCCAUGGGAAAGAGCUGGCACAAGCACUGCUUCCACUGCGCCGACUGCAACAAGAAGCUCGACUCGCUGACACACAACGACGGCCCCGACCGCGAGAUCUACUGCAAGUUGUGCUACAACCGCCGGUUCGGCCCCAAGGGGUACGGCUACGGCGGCGGCGCCGGCGCCCUCCAGAUGACCCUCACCGAUGGAGUGGACGGUGAGGUAAUGACCAACAAGCCGACGGUCAACAUCCAGGCGUCGAUCCAGGCGCCGCCCGGCCAGGGCUGCCCGCGCUGCGGAGGAGCCGUCUACGAGGCCGAAAAGAAACAGUCGCGCUUCCGGGAUUACCACAAGACGUGCUUCAACUGCAAGGAGUGUUCUCGCAUCUUGGACUCGACCAAUGCCUGUGACGGCCCUGACAAGGACAUCUACUGCAAGCUCUGCUACAGCAAGAAGUUCGGCCCCAAGGGCUACGGAUUCGGCGGUGGCGCUGCCUUCCUGCAGUCGGACACCAUCGAAUCGAACAUGCCGUCGCAGGACUGGACGCGCACCGACACCACCACCAUCAAGGCGUCGCCGGGCCAGGGGUGCCCGCGCUGCGGCGGAGCCGUGUUCGCCGCAGAGAUGAUGCUCUCCAAGGGACGCGAGUGGCACAAGUCGUGCUUCAACUGCCGGGACUGCAAACGUCCCCUGGACUCGACCAUCGCCUGCGAUGGACCCGACAAGGACAUCUACUGCAAGACCUGCUACGCACGUCGCUUUGGACCCAAGGGCUUUGGCUUCGGCCACGCGCCGACCCUGGUGUCGGGCUCUGUGGAGGAGCAGGCCCCGGGCGCCGGCAUGAUCCAGCCGAGCAUGGGCAGCAAGGCGCCGCCCGGUGAGGGCUGCCCUCGCUGUGGCUUCGCUGUGUACGCCGCCGAGGCCAUCCCAGUCAGGGACAGGAACUACCACAAGAAGUGUUUCAACUGCAAGGAGUGCUCCAAGAACAUGGACUCGACGAACGCCUGCAACGGCCCGGACCUGGAGAUCCACUGCCGCACCUGCUACGGCAAGCUGUUCGGCCCCAAGGGCGUCGGCUUCGGCAUGGGUGCCGGCGUGCUCAGCAUGGGCUAGGCGUGCGCCGCAGCGUGGUACCGCCGGGUGGGGAGACCGCCGCUGCGGCGGCGGGCCGCCGAGCCGCACGCUGCCGAUACGAGCGACACGAGCCUGACGCGCCGCCCCGCGCAGCGCGGCACCAUGGCACGUAGUCUUCCUGUACAUAGACUCGGACUAACAUGGUGCUCCUAGGUGGCAUGGGGAGCCGCGCUGCGUGGCGGCGGUGUCCGUGGGCCAGGCGCGGCGACCGGCUGCGCGACGCGAACUGAGCGGGCGUCACCGAGCGCGAGGCGGCGGGGACGUGUGCGAGCGGGCUGACUGAGCGAGCGAGAGAGAGCUGCCGGAGCUAUGAUGCGCGCGCCAGCGCGAGUGGAGCUGUCUGGGUGCCGACCGUGCUGGCAGCGUCUGUCCGCGAAACGGACCGGGGCCGCGCGUGCCGGACGGUGACAUACGCGCCCUCUGCCAUUGAUGAGUUUCUCUCCAGCAGCCGGCUGGAACUGCAAGUCGCUCAGCUUGUUUGGACUUCAGUUUCAAUAUUAACACAAACGCAAACUGUUCCAUCGCUACUUGUUGAGAUAUAAAAUGAAUAAAAUACAACAUCUGA